AUGGCUGUCCCAUCCAUUGUGAGGAUCCAGCCGCAGUAUGGCAUGGCCGUGCCCGCUGCCUCGAGAAACAUGUGGCAGACAGGGCUGAUGGACUGCUGCUCGGACUGCGGCGUGUUCUGCUGCGGGUUAUUCUGCUUCCCCUGCCUCGGGUGCCAAGUGGCUGGGGACAUGAACGAGUGCUGCCUGUGUGGGACCAGCGUGGCCAUGAGGACCCUCUACCGCACCAGAUACAACAUCCCGGGGUCCAUUUGCUCUGACUUCUGUGUCAGUAUGUGGUGCCUCAUGUGCUCCGUCUGCCAAAUUAAGAGAGACAUCAAUCGGAGGAAGGAGCUGGGCAUAUUCUGGUAA